AUGAUGAUGAUGUCUCUGAACAGCAAGCAGCCCUUCAGCAUGCCCCACGGCAGCGGCAGCCUGCACGAGCCCAAGUACUCGGCGCUGCACACCGCCUCCCCCUGCACCUCCGCCGCCGCCGCCCCCUCGGCCAGCUCCCCCAGCAGCACCAGCAGCGGGGCCGGCAGGAGCAGCACCAGCACCAGCAGCAGCUCGGAGGCGAUGAGGCGAGCCUGCCUCCCAACCCCCCCGAGCAAUAUAUUCGGCGGUCUGGAUGAGAGUUUGCUGGCCCGCGCUGAAGCCCUGGCGGCGGUGGAUAUAGUUUCCCAGACCAAGAGCCACCAUCAUCACCCGCCUCAUCACAGCCCCUUCAAGCCGGACGCUACUUACCACACCAUGAACACCAUCCCUUGCACCUCUGCUGCCUCCUCCUCGUCGGUGCCCGUUUCCCACCCGUCGGCCCUGUCCGGCACUCACCACCACCACCACCACCAUCACCACCACCACCACCAGCCUCACCAGGCUUUGGAAGGGGAGCUUUUAGACCACAUCACUCCAGGGCUGGCGCUGGGGGCCAUGACCGGACCCGACGGUUCGGUGGUCUCCACGCCAGCCCAUGCUCCUCACAUGGCCAGUAUGAACCCUAUGCACCAGGCGGCUCUAAGCAUGGCCCAUGCCCACGGGCUGCCUUCUCACAUGGGAUGCAUGAGCGAUGUGGACGCAGACCCCCGGGAUUUAGAAGCUUUUGCGGAGAGGUUCAAGCAGAGGAGGAUCAAGCUCGGAGUGACCCAGGCAGAUGUGGGAUCUGCCCUGGCCAACUUGAAGAUCCCAGGGGUAGGCUCACUGAGCCAAAGCACCAUCUGCAGGUUUGAGUCUCUUACCUUGUCCCACAAUAACAUGAUCGCCCUCAAACCCAUCCUGCAAGCCUGGCUAGAAGAAGCAGAGAAAUCUCACCGGGAGAAGCUCACCAAACCAGAGCUCUUCAACGGAGCAGAGAAGAAGAGAAAGCGCACCUCUAUCGCUGCACCUGAGAAGAGGUCCUUGGAAGCCUAUUUUGCCAUCCAGCCACGUCCUUCCUCGGAAAAAAUAGCGGCCAUCGCAGAGAAACUGGACCUCAAGAAGAACGUGGUCCGGGUCUGGUUCUGUAAUCAGAGACAGAAACAGAAACGAAUGAAAUAUUCCGCUGGGAUUUAA